AUGAAGAAACUGAGGAGUUUUUACAUGCAUUUGAAGCAUCCACAUACUAUAAAGAGGAAAUGGAUCUAUCCAUUAGCUGUCGGGUCAACCGUUUUUCUCUUUCUACUGUUUUUGUUAACCCUAACCUCAUUUGACGGUAAUCGUAUCUACGGCUUCUACGCCACCGCCGGAAACUCUGUUUUUGUUGAAGAUAAGCUCCGGCCAAUCGGCAUCUCCGAUGUUCCUAAUCCGCCUCGUUUUGCUUACCUCAUAUCCGGUUCGAAUCAUGACGGUGCUAUGCUCCGACGGACGCUUCUGGCUCUGUACCAUCCGAAUAACCGCUACGUCGUCCACCUCGACGCCGAAUCUUCGCCGGAGGAGCGGCUUGAGUUGCAUGAGUUUGUGAAGAACCAUCCGGUUUUCGUGAAAUUUGGCAAUGUGGUGAUGAUCACGAAAGCUAAUCUCGUGACCUAUCGCGGCCCGACUAUGGUGGCGAAUACGCUUCACGCGGCGGCGAUUUUGUUGAGAGACGGUGGCGAUUGGGACUGGUUUAUAAAUCUCAGCGCCUCUGACUAUCCCCUCGUCACUCAAGAUGAUCUGCUUCAUACAUUCUCUUCCCUACCUAGAGAUCUUAAUUUUAUUGAUCAUACAAGCAAUAUUGGAUGGAAAGAAUUCCAAAGAGCAAAACCUGUCAUUGUUGAUCCUGGCUUGUAUAUGACGGAAAAAACUGAUGUUUUUUGGAUCACACAGAGAAGAAGUGUACCUACAGCUUUCAAAUUGUUUACAGGAUCGGCAUGGAUGGUAUUAUCGCGGUCAUUCAUCGACUUCUGCAUAUGGGGAUGGGACAAUCUCCCGCGAACCGUCCUCAUGUACUACGCAAACUUCAUCUCUUCACCCGAAGGCUAUUUCCACACCGUCAUAUGCAACGCUAAAGAAUUCCGUAACACAACCGUCAACACCGACCUCCAUUUCAUCACAUGGGACACCCCACCAAAACAACACCCUCACUACCUCACCUUACAAGACAUGUCCAACAUGGUCAACUCUAACGCUCCCUUCGCUAGAAAAUUCCACCACAAUGAACCCGUCUUGGAUAAAAUCGAUUCCGAUUUGCUUUUUCGUGGGCCUGACAUGAUUGUCCCUGGCGCCUGGUGCGCCGGGGACACUCAGAACGGGUCCGACCCGUGCUCGGUCGUUGGGAAUGUUACCGUCGUUAGACCCGGUCCCGGUGCGAAACGGCUCGAGAGUCUUGUGAGCAAGUUGUUGUCGGAUGAGAGUUUCAGACCUAAACAGUGUAGGUGACAGUGACAGUGAACGCAACACACAGGUGGAUGGUGUAAUUAGUGCUGAAGAAAGCAUGGUUAUUGGAUGGAUGGAUGGAAGGAUGUUGAACUUGUGAUUGCGAGUCAAAAGGUAUUGGAGCCAUUCACACCAGGUUUUCAAAGCCCUCUGUACACAAUGUUUGAAAGACAAAAUCAAACAAGACUUCAAAGCCAGCUUGCUGUCUUGCUACGCUAAUUGGUCCAUGUCAGUAAUGGAAAACAAUUAUUUUCUUAUUUUAUUAAUACAUAUUUUUGUAUAUAAAUAUAUUUAGUUUGUGUAGUAUUAAUGUAUGUUAAGGUAUUAAAUAUAUAAAUCAAAUCAAC